ACAUAUCCUGGGUCGUAUGGGCCUUCCCACGGGACAAGGAAUAGGCAUGGUGGAGCGUAGAUCCCCAUAACAACAGACUGACCCCGACCCGAACCGAGCCUCAUCGCCGUCGCGUCAACCCCCAGCGCACCGCGACCUGGGGCUUCGUAUUGAUACCUCAGCUGGGUUAGGUAACAGUUACUGUUCCUUCAACACUGCAUAGCUUACAGAUUUAUCCGCACGAGCUAUAUUGCGUUCAACUCCAUGACUCGUUCAAUGAUUCGUUGUUCAGCUUUUUAAGAGUGUUCCGGUCGACUGCGUGUAGAGGGAUCCUCGAGCUUCAAGAUGUUUGUAAAAAUCAUCCUCAUCAGCUUGCUCGUGUUGCUGCUGCAGCACGUGGUCAAGUUAUGUUUCCAUAUGAACUUCGACAAGCACGUGUUCAACCAUUAUCCUGGCCCGUGCCAUCAAGUGGAAGGAAUAGGUUUUGGCUCCGAGGAUAUGCAUAUGCUGCCAGACGGAAGGACAUUUAUAACAUCGGGGUUCCGGAUGGCAGGUAGCGGUCCAUCCUUUGAAAAGUUUUAUAAACAAAACAAAGUCAAGGGGAGGAUCUACUUGUUCAACAUGAAGAACCCGAGGAAGGUGGUGCAGGAGAUGACGCUGACGUCCACGGAGAAUUUUGACAAGGACAGGCUCCAGCCCCAUGGCAUCAGUGCUUGGGAGGACAAGGAUACAGGUCGAGUGUACCUGUUUGUGGUGAAUCAUGAGCGGGACGGACGAGAGAAGGUCGAGAAAUUCCUCGUAUCUUUCGACACAGUUUCCUUACAACAUAUGAAGUCUUAUCAUGGAGACACAACCUUUAAGAACUUAAAUGACCUCGUCGCCACCAGUGAAGACAGUUUCUAUUACACCAACUUUUUGUAUAGCGAUAGCACUGUCGGUAAAAUCUUAGAAAAUUUGUCUAUGAUGCCUUGGGCCAAUGUGGGCUACUUCGAUGGUACAGCAUAUCGCAUAGUGACCGACCGACUCAAGAUGGCUAACGGUAUACAGAUGUCUGGAGAUGGAAGACUUAUCUAUGUCACUGCUUCCUUGUCCCGUGAUCUGAGGAUUUAUGACAGAAGCAAGGACAACUCUCUACAACUAAAAGAGGUAUAUCCGCUGUACUCCACUCCAGACAAUGUAAUGGUGGAUCACGACACGGGCCACCUCUACGUCGCGCUGCAUCCAAUAAACUACCUGGCCUUUGCACACUUCACGGAUCCUGUAAACAAAUCUCCUUCCCAGGUCCUGCAGAUAAAACUGAAGGAUGGAUCUGUAUCUUCUGUGACAGAAUUGUUCAUUGAUGACGGAAACCUGAUAUCUGCGUCAACUGUUGCAACUGUUUUCAACAAGAAGAUGCUUGUUGGCUCUUUCCUUGACACGCUUGUAUAUUGUGAUGUUGAUGUACCCCUUUAAGUUUGGAAUUGCUUGUUUGACAAUAUUUCUAUUUUCGAAAAAAAAGCAAUCAUAUUUAGAAAGCUACAGGUAGGGUAGACUAACGCUUCGUCCCAGAAUGCAUAUAAUUUUGAUAGUAACAAAGAAACACAUUUAAAUUGAAAAGGAGCCCCGGUGAGUUGGGAGAUUCCUGAACCUGAGGAAAACUACACUUGCUUCAUUUAGAGUUUGAGCAUUGCAGGGAAGGCUAGGCAGUAGGGAAAAUAAUGUGGGCCAGGGACAGACUACCAUUAAGACAUCACAUGAUUUUCAGCGAUUAAUGAAUAUUUUGUCAUAUUCAUUCCUUUUCACCAUGUUUUGUCCUUUUCGACAAGGUAAACCAUUUCGACAAAAAAUAUAACCACAUACAAUGUAAAUGCCACUGUACGAGAAAUGUUAGCCUUGCUCCAAGGCUGUACUGAAGACUAAGCCCAUGGGUCUAUAGUAAUUCUAUCCUUUAAAGAGGAAGUCUAGAUAAGGGAACAGCACGUCUAAGGACGCCAGUCAGUUCGAGGUCUAUAUAUAUAUUUCGAAAUUAUGAUUUACACUAUCUAUACUGAGGGCAAAAAUAAGGGAUCACAUGAAAGUACAAGUGUUCCUUUAUUUCUUUCCAGGUUUCUUCACAAGCUUUGUAUCGGAUAGCUUGUGAAGAAACCUGGCAAAAAAUAAAGGAACACUUGUGCUUUCAUGUAAUCCCUUAUAUUUUCCCCUCAGUAUAUUAUUACCUUAGCGACGUGUGCAAGUCUAGAGACAUGUAAACAUAACCUUAGCUCACACACGUAUGCAUGUACUGUGUUGAUGCUGGGAAAUAUAAACAUAUAUAUUCUGUAUUAUACUCAGUCACAGCAACAUGUGCAGGACAAGAAAUGUGAUGCUGGCAUCCGUUGAUCAGUUUCAGUAUGUUUACUAACCAAUGGCAGUUUUUAGAGCGACGAGGAGGUCAUGUUUGUUGAAGUGAGACGUGAGUGGUUUCAUUGCUGUUAUUAGCUAAAGCUACCCGACGACUUGCUUUCAAACAGACAAUGGGCGCCAGAAUAGAUGCGGAGGUAUGGCCUUGACUGAAGGAGCACUAAGUUCAUCCAUGUGGGUCUCAGGUUCCCUUAACUGUGGUUUUCUAUUACUCAUGCAGUUAAGUUUUCUCCUUUACUUUCCCAUACAUAUCUAGCGCGACUGAGAGAAUGUUUGGGCUAUAGAAUAUGUGUUAUACAGCUUUCAGUAGGUUCAAUGACUAACAUGCGCUGCACAUUUCCAAAUUUGAUGCAUCGGUAAAAUUUUGAGUUGUCCUGUAUGUCUCCAUCUUUGUUCAGAACGUUUACUUGUCUUUGCAUGUGUUUGUGUCUAUGGCAUCGGUAGACUCGUCUAUUUCGAACCUGAAGGGUCCAAUGACUGAUUGUGGAAACUAUGUGAACAUCUCACUAAUCCAGAUUAUUUCAUGGUCUCGCUGAACACUGGUGAAUACUGCUUGUUGAUGGUUCGAUGAACCCUGUGGCUAUCUGUUGAUGUUUCUUCUCAAACAAGAAUGACAACACCGUUAUGGAGAGUAAUGACUUUACAGUCGUUUCAUAAAGACUGGGGAAAGGCUGUCUGUGCGCGGCAACACCUAUGAUACACACCAAA